UUUAUGUGACAGUCGAUUAAAAAUAUAAACAUUAAAUCGCGCUUGAUUCGUUGUUACAAACUGAAGUGUACUGAGGGCAAUUGGUAUCCACAUUUAUUCAGGAAUUUUAUAUAGCGUCAACAUGUUGAUGGAUUUGUUAAUAAAAGACGAAUCUUAAGCGAUAAUUUAAAUCUCAGCAGCGACAAAAAUGAUCUCCAACAAAAAUGUGAACAUCGCAAGGGCAAUCUGUGAUCGGGAGAGUGGAAACAAUUUGAAAAGUUUUAGACAAAUAGCAUUAGAGUUAUCGGAAUACACUUUACUGGAGCGUCUUGAGAAUGAUGAUCUCUGCAAGUCCUUGGGCGAUUUGCCGAAUGAAACAGAAUCAGUGUUCAAUAUUGAACAAAGCCAUAGCGGACUUUAUGCAGCUACGGUACAGACAAAUAAAAGCGUGAAUAUAUUUGAAGUAAGCUCAAUGAAGAAAACAGCUGAGUAUCGCACAAAUGAGAGAUCCGUGUGGACGUUGUCCUUCCAUCCAUCUAACCCUAAUAUAAUCGCAUUUGGUACGCUAGGGGGAAAAGUUUUCGUUUAUGUUGAUGGGCAGGAGGUUGAUUGGCUGGACGAACAAGAACCCAUAGGUUCGCUGUGUUUUCAUCCUCAUCACUAUUUCUUGGUGAUCACUAGCGGAAAUAAAGUGACUUUUUGGGAUUGGCAAAACAAUGCAAUCGUCACAACGGCUACGUAUAGUGAUUGCAAGUGUCGGUUCCUACAAAUCACUGCCAGUUCGAUGCUCAUUACCGGUAUAUCGCAAACGUCAUUGUUCGCUUGCACAGGAAUCGGGAAAAAUCUCGCCAAUAUCGAACCUCAGUAUCUGAUGGGUUCAUUUCUCAGGACAGUUAACUUUAUGCUUGAUUCAUUUGAAGUUGGUUUCACUAUAGAAAAUAGUUUUACUGUAGAACUUGCAAAAUACUUCCACUUUUGGAGUCAUCUCUUGAAGACAAUUGCGGCAAGAAAAGAUGAAUUCAGAUGCUUUUCUUCGGUUAAAUCAAAAGCAAGUUGUGCAAAAUCUUACUUGAACACUACAUUGAAUAUCCUAAAUCGACGGAUAGAUGAGGUAAUUGAGUACGUUGAACGUACACCAGUCAGCUUUGUUCCGGAAACGACAACCUACAUUAGCGAGGAAAUUAUUGACAAAUAUUGCCACGAGCCUAUGAUUUAUUUCAAACGCAUUUGUUUCAAUUUUGUCGAGCGAUAUAAUGGAUACAUGAAAUAUAUAUUUGAUCUAUCCUUGGUGCGAAGUAUCCUGCGAAAGAUUAUUAAAAUAUAUUCGGAUUUCGGAUUUUAUUCAUCACUUGAGACACGGCCCGUAACGGAUUAUCAUUUAGAUGGUUAUUUCAUUGCAAGGAAAACUUCCGAGAAGAAUCAAUACAUCCUUCAAGCCUGGGACCUAGUCAGUUUCCCCGACAAUAAUGAUUUACUAGAUUUCAAGCAGGAUUGGAGAAAUGUUAUAUCGAUUUGCUCAAUUAACAAUGAUUCAAACGUUUCAAUUUCGCAGUGCGAACGUUAUAUAGCUUCGGUGCGUUAUAUGGCAGUUAGGGAAAUGGAGGUACGCAGUCUAAGUUCCGCAAAUUUCGGUGAACGAAUGUUUGUUUACAAAUUUGCUGCGAAUUUCGUAUCACUUUCAUUCUCACCCUCGAGUAGAUUUAUCGUGAUCGGCUUACGCUGCAAAAAGCGACUUAUAUUUGCAUACAUAAUAGAUAGGAACGUUAAGUGGAAGAUAGGCGUACACUUCCGUACUGAUCUCCAUUCUUCAAAUGUCCGUGAAAACGACGCAUCCACCCCAAAUGAGCGCGUUGGACUGAGACUGUGUCUUCCCAAAGAUUCACUAAAUUAUAAAGAGAUAAAUUGCAUCAAAUGGGCAGUUUUACCUGGUCAUGGACUUUUUGUAGGACUCAAAUCACAAUUUAUCCAAAUUUGUAGAUAAUGAUUGUUAAUAAAUUUGUUUGAUGAA